GAGGGAGGGAGGGGAGGACGGCCGGGCGCCCGGAGAGUAUGACGGGGCUGUACGAGCUGGUGUGGCGGGUGCUGCACGCUCUGCUCUGCCUGCACCGCACGCUCACCUACUGGCUCCGCGUUCGGUUCGGCACCUGGAACUGGAUCUGGCGGCGCUGCUGCCGCGCCGCCUCCGCCGCGGUCCUAGCGCCGCUGGGUUUCACGCUCCGCAAGCCCCCGGCCGCGGGCAGGAACCGCCGGCCGCACCGGCACCCGCGCGGGGGGCCCGGCCCGGGCGGCCCCCACCCUCGGCUGCGCUGGCGCGCGGACGGCCGGUCCCUGGAGAAGCUGCCGGUGCACAUGGGCCUGGUGAUCACCGAGGAGGAGCCGGAGACCAGCUUCUCGGACAUCGCGAGCCUCGUGGUGUGGUGUAUGGCCGUGGGCAUCUCCUACAUCAGCGUCUACGACCACCAAGGUAUUUUCAAAAGAAAUAAUUCCAGAUUGAUGGAUGAAAUUUUAAAACAACAGCAGGAACUUCUGGGCUUAGAUUGUUCCAAAUACUCAACAGAGUUUGCAAAUAGUAAUGACAAAGAUGAUCAAGUUUUAAAUUGCCAAGUGGCAGUGAAGGUCCUGUCCCCAGAAGAUGGAAAAGCAGAUAUUGUACGAGCUGCUCAGGAAUUUUGCCAGUUAGUAGCCCAGCAGCAAAAUAAAUCCACAGAUUUGGAUGUGCAUAUGUUAGACAGUUUACUUAGUUCAAAUGGUUUUCCUGAUCCUGAUGUAGUACUGAAGUUUGGGCCUGUGGAGAGCACUUUAGGCUACCUUCCCUGGCACAUCAGAUUGACUGAGAUUAUCUCCUUGCCUUCCCACCUAAACAUCAGCUAUGAGGACUUUUUCUCUGCCCUUCGUCAGUAUGCAGCGUGUGAACAGCGUCUGGGAAAGUAGUGAUCCCUGGCUGCAUGAUUUGGUUUCAGGCUUUUGGAGAAAAGGACCUAAGUGAUUCUGAUGUUUACAAAGCAACUAUGAAACCCUGUACACACCUAGUUUAUAACCCUCAUAAUUUAUCAACAAACACAAAAAAGUGUCUUACUUGAGAGUAAGUGUGUGUGGGUAUGGGUGUGUGUGUGUGUGCGUGCAUGCGUGUGUGUGUGUGUGUGUGUGUGUGUGUGUGUGUGUGUGUGUAUGGAAAUAAAUUUAUAAAUGGAAAGUGUUAGAGAAGGAAACACAUGGACUUGCACCUCUGAGCAAGCAGCAGUAAUGUUAUAGGAGCUGAAAUUUCAGUUUUAAAGCCUUCAGCCCCAACUACUUCCCUGUUUUUGUAGGGAUAGGAGUGGAUGUUUAGAGCUGUUAGAUUAUUAUUUUGGAGGGAGGGGGGAUUUUUUUUUUUUCCAGUCUUUCCUGAUGACCAAACCUUAAUUUUUAAGAAUAAUAUAUUGACUUAUUAAAUGGAAGCAUCGUGAGUUUGAGGCAUUUCCAGAGGAAUGGAGAUCUUUAUUGCUCACGUGUUAAAAACUUGCUCACCAUUGAAGCCCAAGGAAUACCUGUUUUCAGAUACCCAUCCUUUUUCAUCUCAUCGUUAUUGUCAAUGUGAUUGGAGAGUGUUGAUCCGCUGUCUUUGUUCUGGGAUAUGAAGAUCACUUGAACUCUUACAACAUUGAAUUGAAGAAUUUAAAGAACUUAAAAAAUUUAAGUAUUAGGCAAUCCAGAAAAGGUGAAGAAGUUGGAACCUGAAAAACAAAGGUGGAAAGUUUCCUACUGGAUUUUUGUUGUUUGAUGGAUAGUGUGCUACGUAGUAUCCAAAGUUAUGUUAACAAAUAUUUCCACUAACUGUUUGUUUAAAAUAAGCAUUUGAGGGAAAUUAUAAGACAGCUCUUUUCCUCAAAAGUAACCUGUUCCUCUUUGGAAUCACACAUUUAGGACCAUGUUAGUACCCAGGGUUUUUGCUCAGUAAAUCCUGAUGGUGACUUUCUGUAAAAGACCUUUAAGUGAGAUUGAGGGCUGUGUAGGUAAUAAAACAUUACCAAAGGCUACAAAAGUAAAUUAAUUCUACAUGUUCUCUUUCAUGUCAGAGAACAGCACUGGUUCUGUUAUCUUUUUUAAAUAAAUAAAUGAUUUUUGAUAGGUAUUUAAUAUUUCUUUCCUCACUGCUGAUCCUUGAACAGAAACCAUUCUUUAUAUUUGAUGGACAGUUUUCAGAAAAAUCUUAACAACUGUAUAAUAAUUAUCUAAAAUUGUACGUUUAGAAUGGAGAAAUUUAAAUAUAGGUCUCAGAAGUCUGAAAAAUAGCAGAGAAGACUGGAUUUGGAAAGCAAGAUCUGGAAUUGCUUGUCAAAUUCUGAAGUUAUGAAGAAUAAAUGUUUAAACUUUGGAUUACAAAACCCCAUUUAUGAUUAAAAAAUAUACUUGAAAUAAAAUUAUUAAACUAAAUUUUGGUUUAGUGAUAUUGCUUUGCACUUCAUUGUUCUUUUAACAUUGUAAGACUUUUUUUUUUAAAGUCAGUUUAUUGCUGAAAGUUUUAUGUGAAGCUACAGCAUAUCUUUGAACUUGACCAGAGAAUUUUUUAUUUCUGUUCCCCUGUACAGUGAUUCGUGUUCUAGUGAGGAUUUUUUUUGCCUUAGUUUAAGACUGAAUUUAUGGCUUUUAUAAACAUGUGUCUGGAAUAUGUAUAGCUUUAAUGAAUUAAAUGUAAUGGGCCCAAUUGAAGUGAAAAGAUAUAAUAUUUGUUAAAACGACGUUAGUCAAAUAAAUUACCCACUGGGAUAUAGCCAAAGUUGCUAAAGGUUUAAUAGUUGUCUUUUACUUUAUUUUCUUCCAUUUUGUAGCAGUAUAGUGCUACACACCAGAGUGAAUCUAUAACCUGUGACUUAAGUUUAUUAUAGUCCUAGGAAGAGACCCUGAAAACAAGUUGCUAAGGAUUCUGAAUUCAGAUAUAGGCAUUGUGACUUAAGUUUAUUAUAGUCCUAGGAAGAGACCCUGAAAACAAGUUGCUAAGGAUUCUGAAUUCAGAUAUAGGCAUUCCAUAUCUUUCUCCUCAUGGGUUCAACUACUAGUACAAUCUCCACAACUUGAAUGGCAUUGGUCAUUCUGUAAUUCCUGCCAAAAUUACCACUAGUUAACACAUUAUCAGGGCUCCCUUGCACUCCCAAGAAGAACUGAUAAUUUUAAAGGAAAGUGUUGUUUGUCUUUAUGUCUUUUGAAGGAUAUUGUUUAAAUAUCUUUCAAAUACUUUAUUGACACUCCCCAUAAUGGAAAAAUUUAUCAAAUUAAACCCACAUUCUAGAUGGCAGCUUGGAGCAUAGCAAGAAGUCAGGGGUUGAAAACCAGUCCCAAUCUGGUUUGAUUUUGUUUUUUAAAAAUGAUUAUUGUUACAAAGUUUGAAAGCUGGUUUUGAUGCGAAUAGCAAAUUGUGUAUAUUGUGACUAAGGCAUAAUAGCCUGUCUUAAGAGAGGGAGGUGUUGUUAAUAAACAGUGCCAAAUACACUGUGCGUAUCUACAAAUUAAUCUUUGAAUGUAUGUUACUUGAUAGCUCCCUCCUCCUCCUGUGUGAUGGUUCCAUGCCUAGUAAGAUCCUUGUGAUGUUUUGUAUGGCUGUAGACUUUGGUGACAUGUAAAUAAUGUGCAAAGCAAGUUUUUAUGAUUAAGGAAUCAAAUUUAUUGAAUUUUAUGAUUGAAAGUUGAAACAACAUGUAUGAACAAAACAAUAAAAGAAUAUACUCUUUUCAUGGACUA